AAAACAAAACACCAUGUUUCCCUUCUGCGCAUGCUCACACACAGAGGAAGAGCCAGGGCUCACAGAAGAUUUCAGCUCUCUAUAAAAAGCUCUUAGGAGCUCAUCACCAACAGUAAAGCUGUAUAAGCAUCGGGUUGAAGGGACUGAAGGAAGCAGCGUGUCGUACGUGGAGCUGCCUGCUGAAAUCGCCAUGAGUUAUAAACCCAUUGCUCCUGCACCAUCUGGCUCCAACCACACUCCGCCAGGCUCUUCCGUGCCCUCUCCAUCUCUCCCUUCAUCAUCCAACUUUAGGCCAGCUUUCAGUGACUUUGGCCCACCAUCUAUGGGCUUUGUUCAGCCUGUCAAAGUGUCUCAAGGGUCCACCUACAGUGAACUUCUGUCUGUCAUUGAGGAGAUGAGCCGUGAGAUCAGGCCUACGUAUGCCGGGAGCAAGAGCGCGAUGGAAAGGCUAAAGAGAGGAAUUAUCCAUGCUCGUGCACUGGUUCGGGAGUGUCUCGCAGAAACUGAGAGGAGCGCUCGUACAUAACCCUUUGGAAAGAACCCUUCAUCAGACACUCUUUGUUGGAGCCCGCCCUCUUCAUGAUCCCCGCUGGAUAUUUUACAACCAGUCUACAUCCUUCCACCUUGUAUUUCCUUUGGCUUUUAUAGAUGAAUUAUGUCCCUCUCAUGUUCACCGUUCAUUGCAUUUCACCAAACUCCUUUUACAUUAAACUUUCUGCAACAUGCAGGGCAUAUGCAAAACUAAAAUUUGUACCUAUUUUAAGGGUGCAGAAAUUCGCAGCACAUUUUUAACUUAAGCCAUGGGUAAAAACCUUUUAUUUACUAGAAGUGGCAGUUAACUCAAAGUUGGGGGUCUGGUGAUAAAAUGAAUGCUUUUAAACUGAUUCUUUUGUUUAUUUUGUGAACAGCAUUCUUAAACUACGAAAUAUUUUAAUCUGAGCAUUUUUAAAAUGCCAUUUGCAUUCAACCCUGCUUUAUCAACACAUUUAGUCAUAUUAACAGAUUUCUCUCAUUCCCAAAAACUGUACAUCUCAAGCCAGUUUGUUAGUAUGGAAAUUUUGUAAACCAGAUUUUUGCAGUUCGGUAUGUAUAUCUUAAUUAAAUAACUGAAAAAAAAA